GGUUGGAGAGCUUCCCUUCCACCCAGCGUGUGCCUCUAGUAUCAAAUGCAGACCUCCAGUCAAGGACCUUCAAGCCUGUAGUUGUGUUCAUUAUCAGGAGCCCCCCCCCCUCAUCCUUCUUCUUCUUUGGUGCAGAUUUCCAGCUGUACUGGAGCAGUUAAUCAUCAUCAUCAGUGACGAUGAGGAGGUCGCAGCAGGUGGAGGAAGACGAGGCGCUGGCCCGACGCCUGCAGCUAGAAGCCGACUCAGAAUUUGCUGGGGUGGAGCAGAUCUCCAUCACUGAGGAGCAGCAGGCUGCGGUUCGUUUACAGCAGAUGGAGGAAGAUAAGCUGCUGGCCCGCCGGCUGCAGGCAGAGGACGACUCGGACAUCGCUGUGGUGGAGCAGAUCUCCAUCAGCGAGGAGGAGGAGGCUGCAGCUCGUUCGCAGCAGCUGAGGGAAGACGAGGCGCUGGCCCGACGGCUGCAGGUGGAGGACGACUCGGACAUGGCUGCGGUGGAGCAGCUCGCCAUCAGCGAGGAGGACGCCAUUUGUUUCCAGCAGGCGGAGGAUGACGAGGAGCUGCAGGUGGAGGCCGGCUCAGACAUCGCUGUGGAGGAGCAGAUCUCCAGCAGCGAGGAGGAGGAAGAGGAAGAGGAUGCGGUUCCUUCACAGCAGGUGGAGGAAGACGAGGCUCUGGCCCGAAGGCUGCAGGCGGAGGACGACUCGGUGCUCGCCGCGGUGGUGGAGCAGCUCGCCGUCAGCGACGAAGAGGAGGGAGCCACUGGUUUACAGCAGGUGGAGGAUCACGAGGCGCUGCACCAACACCUGCAGGCUCGGCUGGACCGAGUGGAGCACAACAGACACCGUCACCACCUCCAUUAUCACCACCUCCACCAGCGUCUUCUUCAUCGCCUCCACAGGGGUCGUCCCACAGAGCGCCGCUGGAUGAUUCAGGUGGCUCCCGGAGAAGUUCUGAUUGGUCACGGCAGGAGUAGGGACGCCACAUCUGAUGACGCUGAAGGAAACGACUACGAGUCUCUGCUGGAGCUCGAGGAGCGUCAGGGCGCCGUGAGGACCAAUCAGCUGAGCGCGACGGACAUCCAGAGGUUUCCCACCAAGGUGUUCCAGGGAUGCGGCGGCAGCGGCGGGAACACGCAGUGUCAGAUCUGUGUCUGCGACUACAGCGACGGCGAGAAGCUGAGGAUUCUGCCGUGUUUCCAUGACUACCACGUUCACUGUAUCGACCAGUGGCUGAAGGAUAACCCCACCUGUCCCAUCUGCAGAGUCAACCUGGCCGACAAAGACACCAUCGCCCCCCCGACCUCUGACCUCUGACCUUGCUUCUACUGUUUCCUAUGGGAACAGACAGACAGGAAGGAAGGAAGGAAGGAAGGAAGGAAGGAAGGAAGGAAGGAA